CGUUCACGCCUUUAAAUCCAACUAUACACAUGCGCCGUCCAAUGAAAGCACGCCGCUAACGCCGAUUUUCAGCAGUGUUGCGGCUAGCUCCAUAACUUCUCCAUCGGGCGGCCACUUUCUCUGGAAAAUGGCGUUGCUAACUCCCCUUUUCGCAUUCCUCUACCACCUGCCGCAGGUUUAUAAGUGGUUGCUGAAACCGUACUAUGUCGCCUCGUUGUUUAUGUCGGUAGCUUUUCUUAUGGUCCGCAAAACACCGGGGAUCUGCGAACAUCUCUCGACGCAGCGUGAGGAUGGAAACUCCUGCGACUUCGAUUGGAGGGAGGUGGAGAUCCUAAUGUUUCUGAGCGCCAUCGUCAUGAUGAAGAACAGGAGAGCCAUCACUGUGGAGCAGCAUGUGGGGAACAUCAUCCUCUUCAGUAAAGUGGCCAACGUCAUCCUCUUCUUCAGACUGGACAUCCGCAUGGGGCUGCUGUACCUCACCUUGUGUAUCGUCUUCCUGAUGACCUGCAAGCCUCCCCUCUAUAUGGGACCUGAGUACAUCAAGUACUUCAGUGAUAAAACCAUAGACGUAAGUGAUAAAACCAUAGACGAGGAGCUGGAGAGGGAUGGGCGGGUCACCUGGAUUGUGGAGUUCUUUGCUAAUUGGUCCCCGGAGUGCCAGUCCUUCGCAUCCAUCUACGCUGACCUGUCACUCAAGUAUAACUGUGCUGGGCUGAAGUUUGGAAAGUUGGACGUGGGGCGGUACGGAGAAAUGUCCAAGAAGUACAAGGUGAGCGCCUCCCCCCUCUCCAAACAGCUGCCCUCUCUGGUGCUCUUCCAGGGGGGCAAAGAGAUCAUGCGGCGCCCCCAAGUGGACAAGAAAGGAAGGGCGGUGUCCUGGAGCUUCACUGAGGAGAACAUCAUCCGAGAGUUUAACCUGAACGAGCUCUACCAGCGCUCCAAGAAGCUGUCCAAGGGGCGGGCCGAGAGGUUUCCCCCUGUCCCCGAGGAGGAAGAGGUGGAGCCAGAGCCCAAGGGGGAGGAGUCCGAAACCAAGAAAGACAAAUAGAAAGGCCAGAGACGGGGCACAGCCCUCUAACGACUGUGACAUCACAAUGAGACUGGGUAGAACCAUGCAAAUAUUGAGAGGGUGUGGGGGGGGGGGGUGCAUUUAAGGACAGAAUGUGGGCUUUGGAAGUUUGAAUUCAUUUUUGUUUUUGAUUUUUUUCGUUUGUUUUUUUUUAACAUAUUUGCAUUCUAAUGAAAGAUUAAGCUAUGUGAUCAACUAUUUAACACUGUAAUAUAUAUAAAUUUAAUCCUGUCUGUGACGCACAGAAAGCUUCUGACUGAAAACCCCUCCUUCGUGUCGCCAUCUUGCCAUCGCCAGUACCUUCACACUCCUCUUGUGGCUCCCCUUCGCGUGCACACACACACACACACACACACAGGCUCUGCGUCACAGCCUGUCAGAGGAGGAGUGCUGAUCUGGGAUCUGUUCUCCUUUGGGCUCAUAGUGGAUGGCGAUUGGAUAUGGGCACAGGAGACUGAUCCUAGGUCAGCUCUCCUGCUCUCAGACACUUGGUGAACACAGGCCCAACUCCCCGAGUCACAGCCGCUAGUGCAGCGUUUCUAACUGCAAAGCAACCAGUCUGAGUGAUUAAUGGGGCAGCUGAGGUUAAAUGAGUUAACUGGUGUAUUGGCCGUGGGAACGUUGUGAUCCAGAAGCGUUUAUGGGCAUCGGAGCUGUAAUAUUUGCAUUUCAUUUAAAUUUUAGGCUGUCAGUACCCUCUCAUCCAGGGCAGUUUCCACAGCGUACGUGUUGUGCAUAGUAUGCACUCAGACAGCUGAGUGUGUACUGAAGCCGUUCAGGUGAAGUCCUGCAGCUCAGGGGUGCAACAGCAGGGCCCCACCUGGGGACCGGAUCACCCCUCAGGUGCACUGGCUCAGUUCCUGAACCGCGAUACGACACUGGAAUACAGGAAUAACUACCUGUGUUUGUACGGAGUUCUACAAACAGCCACAUACACCUUUAUGAACGAUCAGAAGGGGACCGUACAUAAAGUAUAAACUGAAGGGUGGUUCAGAAAGGUCCUGUUGACCUUAUGGGACCAAAUAAAGAGGAAACCCAACAGUAUUGGCACUGCAGUGCUGAGCCAAUCAGGUUAGAGCAUGCUGAACAGCUCACCCAACCACAGCCUUUGAUGGAGAGAUGCAAGUACUGCAGGUGGAGGAGGGUUACUGUGCUGAAAAGCAAUCACAAACCAGGAACAGCAUGCUUAUUUCAGGCUUUUUAAAGAUCAGGGACAGUCUUAUGGUUUUAACACCUGUCAUUUUAACUGAAAUAGGAUCACUCUGGCUGCCUGGUACUGCGGCGAAAUUCAAUCCUUUGUGGCUAGUAAGGGAAGAAAUCCUGGUGCGGGCAGUGUGUGGGGAAAGUUGGGCCUGUGAACUAUGACCUCUGACCUUUCCCUCAAAGCUGUGACUGUGAAGAAUGGCCAGUGAGUUCAUUACUGAGAUUUGUGCUUUUUAUUCAGAAGGAGAACAGAACUAAUUUCUCAUUUAUACUGAUGACCUGGAGAGCAGGGGACUGGGGCGGGUGGAAUAUUUUUCAUUCACCUUUUCUUUUUUUCAAAAUAUUCGUUCCUUGAGCAAAUUCAGCACAGCUGCCUCAAGAUUAUUUUACUGCUCAACCGAUCAUUCAUGACCUUGGUGAACAAAUCACUCCUCAGAAAUCAAGUUUAACGGCCAUCGGACUUCCAGCUCUGAGGGGCUCAGAAUUAUGUGAAUAAACAGUAAAUUAUUAACCCCUGCUUCUCGUCGUGUUACCAGUAGAGCAGAGUAGUGAAUUAACAUAGACGCCAGGCUGGACGGGCAUUCGCUCGCUCUGAUUGGCUGAGUGAAGCGAGCGGGGUUGUGCUGUAGCAGCAGCGUUUCUCUGGUGGACUGUACUGAGCAGCAGGUCCGGCUCCAGUCACUAGCGUCUUUCACAGCGAGGGGCACUGCUUCAUCAGACUGUGCAUUUACUUUACGCUGCUAUGUUACAAACUACAAAUGUUUCCUUAAUCUGUGUUUGAAGUAUUUCUAUCAACAGUACACAACCUGGACAGCAGUGCCACCUAGUGGGCUCCUGUGAGAUUGCUCUGAGCCACAGGAGGCAUGCGACUCUUCCCAUCCGUAAUGCACACUACCUCUGAUCUGCACCACACCCAGAGGCGAACGGGAUUGGCUGGCUGUGGAUCCGCCCAUGUUGCCAUGGCUGCAGGCUGGCUGCACAUGUGCAGUGAGAUGUGCUCGCUCCCUCCCAAACUCCUGGGGUCAUGUGACACAGCCAGCCAAUCCAGUUCCAUGACAGAUCACAGGAUGUGUGUGUGUGCGUUUCUGUUUCCAACCACGCAAAUAAAGUAUGCAAAUACAACACA